AUGGAAGCUGAAGUUCUACAAAAGGGUAAACGAAAAAGGGAUACUGUUUCUUGUCGUGAAUACUACUGUUACAAACUUCAGAUGAGAGAUAACGAGGAAAACGGAGUUUUACAUUCUGGUAGAUUAUUUCAACAAUAUUCAGUUGAUGAAUUCAUAAAAGUAGAAACUCAAAGGUUAGAUUUUGCCACAUUUAAUCAAGAUUUAUUUCGAAUUUAUGUACUGCAAGGUCUUUUAGAUAUCCUAAGACUUGGCGAAAGAGAAGCUUCCAAGAUAGGAAAAAAAAAAUUUCUUCCGACAAGUUUUACGGGUGGUCCGAGAGAUAUGCGUCAACAUUAUAUGGAUGCUAUUGCAUUAGUGCAACAUUUUGGAAAGCCUGAUAUAUUUUUAACUAUGACAUGCAACCCAUGUUGGCCAGAAAUAAAAAAACAUUUGCUCCCAACGGAUGAAACUCAAAAUAGGCUCGAUUUAAUUAGUCGGGUAUUUAGAGCAAAGGUAGAAGAGAUGAAAACAGAUAUAUUAAAAAGAGACAUAUUUGGAAAAGUUGCAGCUUUUAUGCACGCUAUAGAAUUUCAGAAACGUGGUCUUCCACAUGCUCAUUUUCUUCUUAUACUUGAUGAUGACUACAAAUUAUUAACACCUGAAGCUUACGAUAAAUUUGUUUCUGCUGAGCUGCCUGAUGCUGAUAAAAACUCGUACUUACAUAAGCUUGUUAUUAAACAUAUGAUGCAUAGGCCUUGUGGUCAUUUGAAUCCUACCAAUUCGUGUAUGAAGAAGAAAGAGUGCAAAUUUAAGUAUCCAAAAAGCUUCGCCAUUGAGACAACGAAAGGAAAGGACUCAUAUCCAAUUUACAGAAGACGAAACACUGGUAAAUAUGUGAAAGUUAGGAAACAAUUUCUUGAUAACUCAUGGGUUGUUCCUUACAAUCCUUAUCUCUUGGGCAAAUAUAAUUCUCAUAUAAACGUAGAAAUUUGCUCUGAUAUUAAAGUUGUCAAAUAUAUAUACAAAUAUAUUUGUAAAGGACAUGAUAAGAUUUCAUUUGGCUUACAUGAAAAUAACACAAAUAUAGAAAUAGAUGAGAUAAAAGAGUAUCAAUCUGCUAGAUGGGUAUCACCUCCAGAAGCUAUGUGGCGGUUAUUUGCCUUUCCUAUCAGUGAAAUGACUCCAAGUGUUUAUCAUCUCCAGUUACAUCUUGAUGGGCUGCAAUUUGUCUCUUUUAGAAAAACAGACACAAUAAAUAGUAUUGUAAAAAAUCCUAUGAUUAAGAAAACGAUGUUGACAGAAUUCUUCCUGAUGAAUGAAACAAACAAAGAUGCUAAAAAGCUUAAGUUGUUGUAUAAAGAUUUUCCACAAUAUUUUGUAUGGUCAUCUACUUACAAAAUGUGGACUCGACGACAACGAGGUAAUGUUAUCGGGCGUGUUGUACGUGUCAUCCAACAGAAGGAGAAAGAUAUUACCUUAGAUUAUUACUAA